AAGGCAGGCACAACCUCAGAGACUCCCGUGGCUUUGCAACAGCAAGACUCCUCAACGUCUCUCCUUGGGGACAGAGAGAGAAUUAGGAUUCAUAGAUGUGAGCAUGAGGAGGAACCUCGUUACGAUUUUUUUCCUUCCUUACUACUGAUUGUGUAGUCCCUGUUUGGAAGGUUAGGACACAGCAAGUCCUCAGUGAAAUAGGAUCCACAGGAAGAGACGUCCAUGAAAAAAAUGCCAUGAGGUGAUGGGUAAAAGGAAUUUUGUAGGGAACAACUGCUUAGUGACAAGUUCACUUUAAAACCAGUCAUGGGACUAGAAUGGAGUACAGGCUGGCUCAGCGAGGUUCCUUGUCCUUCUCAGAUGGCAACAGAUCUUCCCACCUGUUGUCAGUGGGGGACACAAAGGGAGUAAUAUGUGGGAGGCUGUGGACUACAUGCUUCCGACAUAGGAAUAGCACUGGACUGGGGAUCUCCACUUCUGAGAGAAUGCUGGGAAUCUGCAGAGGGAGACGGAAAUUUCUGGCUGCCUCUCUGACUCUUCUUUUUGUUCCAGCCUUUACCUGGAUUUACUUGUUUUCUGGGAGUUUUGAAGAUGGGAAGGCAGUGUCGUUGUCACCAAUCGAAUCUCAGGCCCAUAGCUCUCAUUACACAGCCUCAAACCAGCGGGAGCGGGAGAGCUUGGAGAUACGCAUGCGGGAGGUGGAGGAGGAGAACCGUGUGCUCCGCAAACAACUCAGCUUGGCACAGAGCCGGAGCCCAACGCACCGCCGUGGCAAUCACUCCAAAACCUACUCCAUGGAGGAGGGAACUGGAGACAGUGAGAGCCUGCGGGCUGGCAUCGUGGCAGGGAACAGCUCAGAGUGCGGGCAGCAGCCAGCAGUGGAGAAGUGUGAGACAAUCCAUGUUGCCAUUGUUUGUGCUGGGUACAAUGCCAGUCGGGAUGUCGUCACACUUGUCAAAUCGGUCUUGUUUCACAGGCGAAACCCUCUUCACUUCCACCUCAUUGCAGAUGCGAUUGCCAAACAGAUCUUGGCCACUCUCUUCCAGACCUGGAUGGUGCCUGCAGUGCGCAUAGACUUCUAUGAUGCGGAUGAGCUUAAGUCGGAAGUAUCCUGGAUCCCCAACAAACACUACUCUGGGAUUUAUGGGUUGAUGAAGCUGGUUCUCACAAAGACUCUCCCUUCCAAUCUCGAGCGAGUCAUUGUCCUCGACACAGACAUAACCUUUGCCACUGACAUUGCUGAACUAUGGGCCGUCUUUCACAAGUUCAAAGGACAGCAGGUUCUUGGCUUGGUUGAGAACCAGAGUGACUGGUACCUGGGUAACCUUUGGAAGAAUCACCGUCCCUGGCCAGCUCUUGGGAGGGGUUACAACACUGGGGUUAUCCUGCUACUUCUGGAUAAGUUGCGAAAGAUGAAAUGGGAGCAGAUGUGGAGACUUACAGCUGAAAGAGAGUUAAUGAGCAUGCUGUCAACCUCAUUGGCUGACCAGGAUAUCUUCAAUGCAGUCAUCAAACAGAACCCAUUCCUUGUUUACCAGCUUCCAUGCUUCUGGAAUGUACAACUGUCUGACCAUACCCGUUCUGAACAGUGCUACAGGGAUGUGUCUGACCUAAAGGUGAUUCAUUGGAACUCACCAAAGAAGCUGCGUGUGAAAAACAAGCAUGUGGAGUUUUUCCGCAACCUCUACCUGACAUUCCUAGAGUACGAUGGGAACCUGCUAAGACGGGAGCUCUUUGGCUGCCCCAGCGAGGCAGAUGUCAACAGUGAAAAUCUUCAGAAGCAGCUGUCCGAGCUGGAUGAGGAUGACCUGUGCUACGAAUUCCGUCGGGAGCGCUUCACCGUCCAUCGCACUCAUCUGUAUUUUCUACAUUAUGAGUACGAACCUGCCUCAGACAACACUGAUGUAACACUGGUGGCCCAGCUCUCCAUGGACAGGCUCCAGAUGCUUGAAGCCAUCUGCAAACAUUGGGAGGGUCCAAUCAGCCUGGCACUCUAUCUUUCUGACGCAGAGGCCCAGCAAUUCCUGCGCUAUGCGCAAGGCUCAGAAGUUCUCAUGAGCCGACGCAAUGUUGGGUACCAUAUAGUGUACAAGGAGGGCCAGUUCUACCCUGUCAAUCUCCUGCGGAAUGUGGCCAUGAAGCACAUCAGCACACCGUACAUGUUCUUAUCUGACAUUGACUUCUUGCCCAUGUAUGGACUCUACGAGUACCUCAGGAAGUCUGUCAUGCAGCUCGACUUGGACCAUACCAAGAAAGCUCUGAUUGUUCCUGCUUUUGAGACCCUUCGAUACCGCCUGUCCUUCCCCAAGUCAAAAGCAGAGCUAUUAUCUAUGUUGGACAUGGGAACCCUCUUCACUUUCAGGUAUCAUGUCUGGACGAAAGGGCAUGCACCAACGAACUUUGCCAAGUGGCGGACUGCCACAACACCUUAUCAAGUUGAGUGGGAAGCGGACUUUGAGCCAUAUGUUGUUGUGAGGCGGGACUGCCCUGAGUACGACAGAAGGUUUGUAGGGUUCGGCUGGAACAAAGUAGCUCACAUAAUGGAACUGGAUGCACAGGAGUAUGAAUUCAUAGUGCUGCCCAAUGCCUAUAUGAUCCAUAUGCCACAUGCUCCCAGCUUCGACAUCACCAAAUUCCGUUCCAACAAGCAAUACCGCAUCUGUCUGAAGACCUUGAAGGAGGAGUUCCAACAGGAUAUGUCACGCCGCUAUGGAUUUGCAGCCCUCAAAUAUCUCACGGCAGAGAACAACAGCUAGCACAAUGGAGCCUGUUUACGUGAAACAGACACUCAAGGAAGGAGCCACUUAACAUUAGGGGCCCAGUCUUUUAACUUGGAACUGAGACACUUUUUGUUUUUAUAUCAUACCCAACAGUUCUAACAGUAGAGAUUUGAAGCGACAUGUCUUCAGACUGUGCGCAUUAGCCACAUCCCUUCCACCCCAGCCUGUCAGAUUUUCAGCUUUAGCAUUCGCAAGGUGUGAAUAAGAGAGGCCAGCCAUGUGCCCAUCAUAUCACAAACGGUGCAGAAUGGAGAUGGAACGGGAAUGUUUUCCCUUCACAAACAGUUGAAUAAGGACAGAUCUCCAGCAAAUAGGAUUUAAUGUUGCUAUUUAAUAAUUCCACGUGCUUUUUAUCUGUAAAGGAAGAUCUUCGGGUCACUGUCCUGUGAAUUUUAAGCCCACAUUGAUCUAAAAAGGGAACUUUCACCUGUGAACUUUCACAUUGCCCCUCUUGAAGGGCAAGCAAAGGUUUGAAAUAGCCUUGAAAAUGAAGGGGAAGCAUACACCAUAUCCUACUCUAGAGAAGGUGUGCUACAAGCUGAGGCAUAUCCAUGCAUCAGUUAGUCAUUGAUCCUCAAGUUAAUUCUGUUUGAUCUGCAAACCUUCCCUGCCCCCAGCCAUAAAAUCCAUUCCUUUCCUUUCAAAAGGAUAUUUUGGCCUUCACUCCACUUUGUCCAUCCCACUUCUAGCAGGCCGGUAAAAUGGUACCUCUACCAGAAUGUGACGGAAUCUGCCCGUGUAAGGCCUGUUUUCACCAGAGCAAUUCAUUCACAUGUGUCCCGUGAAAUAAAUGGCCAAGUUGUAGCUUGGUUACUAUUUUAAAGGCAA